AUGAGCAUUAUUGACGAUCAGGCUAUAGAUAAACACAAAGUGUUUGUAAGAAAUAUCAAAGAAAGUGAUGUGCCUUUAAUAACAAAAGAAUUUGAAAGAAUAUGUAAUAAGCAUUUUUUUUUUUCUAACAAUAGUUACACCUCAAAAAAUGCUAUAUGUCAUUUUAAAAGUGCAAAAGAUGCAGAAGAUUUUAUAUCAAAAUAUAAUAAUAUAAAAUUAUGUAAUAGUUAUAUAAAAAGUGAAUAUGCUUUAAAGAAAAAAUAUGAAGAUAAGAAAUUAAUAUCUAUUGUAUAUAAUAGGCAAAAAAUUAAAUAUGACAACUCACUUAAAAUAUAUACUGAUUGUAAUAUAGAUAAUAUUGUAAUAUUAAAUUUUUUAAAAAGUCUUUAUGUUAAUAAUACGAAUUUAAUAUUUCCAUUAGUAGAAGGCCAUACUAAAUCAGAAUCUAAUAGUAAUAUAUAUAAUAAUAUAAAUAAUAGUACAUAUAAAAAUAAUGAUAAAAUAAUAGAGGAUAAUAAUAAUUCCUCGAAAUUUAUUGAUGACAUAGAAAUUGUUUCAGAUAAAAAAAAUAUAAAGUUUGAAGAUAUAAUUAUCAAUGUAGAAAAAGAAAUGAAACAUUCUAACAACAAUGAAAAAAAUAAAAAUAAUAAUACACGUUUGAUAGAUAAAAAUGGUUCUAAGAAAAUAAAAAUUGUGUAUGUUAUAGAAUUUCUUAAUAUAAAAAUUGCCAAAAUCUUUUUUUCAUUAAUAAACAAAACGGUAUUUCAAAAUUUUCUGAAAGAUCAAAAUAUAAAAAAUAAUAACAACAACAACAAUAAUAAUAAUAAUAAUAAUAAUAUCAUACAUUUUAGAUACUUCUUUCAUGAACUCUGUCAAACAAAAAAAAACGAUAAAAAAGUUAUUCUUCAAAAUUUAAGUAGAUCGUGUCAUAUAGAAAAUAUACAGAAAUUAUUUAAACAUAUAGAACAAAAUGUUAAAAUAUUUUUCCCAAAGAAAAAUAAUAAAAAACAAGGAUAUGCCAUAGUCUCCUUUUCUUCAUCAAAUAAUGCAAGAAAAGCUUUACAGUUAAACAAAACAAAACUGUGUGGUAAUAUAAUAACCAUACAAACGAUAAACAAUAAUAAUGAUAAAAUUAAUGCGAAGGAUGAAGAACAUAAUAAGUAUAUAAAAGAAAAUGAGGUUAAUAUAAAAAGGGAAAACCAAGAGGAAGAAAAAUUUAACGAACAUGGUAAAAAAUAUAAUGAAGAUGAUGAAGAUGAUGAAGAUGAUGAAGAUGAUGAAAAUGAUGAAGAUGAUGAAAAUGAUGAAAAUGAUGAAAAUGAUGAAAAUGAUGAAAAUGAUGAAAAUGAUGACUAUGACGAUGACGACCAUAAUGACCAUAAUAACCAUAAUGACCAUAAUGUCGAUAAUGGUUCAGAUAAACCUUUUAAUAAAAUGAAUAAUUUUCAAAAAAAAAGUAAUGAUCUUAUUAUAAAACCAAAUAAUGAGAAACAAAAAAAAAACCUGAACGAUGUUCAAGAAGGGAAAACUUUAUUUAUUACUAACAUCCCUCCAGAAACUACAGAUGAAGAAAUUAGAAACUAUAUUAUAAAUAAUAUAAAUAAAAAUUAUAUAUAUAUAAAAACGUGUCAGAGCAAUAAUAAAAAUCUAUCUGUGUUUGUCAAAUUAAAGUAUAAACAGGAUGCUGAUGCUUUUUUAAAGAAAAUUGGGGAAUACGAAUAUGAUGAAAAUAACGAUCAAAAUAAUAAUACAAAUAAUAAUGAAAAUAAUAAUAAUAAUAAUCCAAUUAGUGAUGAUGAAGAAAAUAUUAUUGACACAUUUUAUAAGAACAAGAAAAAUAAAAAAGAAAAAAUGAAAAAAAUUUUAUUAAAAGAAAAUAAAAAUAAGCAGAAUAUAAAUUCAGAAAUUCUCUUUUUUAAAAACACUUAUCUAAUGAUUAAAAGAGCAAUCAAUAAAGAUUUAAUCAAAGACAAAACAAAAAACAAUAUAAAAUCAACAGAUGAAGAAAAUGAAAACAAUUUAAAAAAAAAAAAACAAAAUAAUAUACACCUAAUUAAUGAUAAUAAUGUAAAUAAUGAAAACUUAAGUGAAAAUAUUAUUAAAAGAAAUAAUAAUUUAAUGCAAAAAAAAAAAGAACUUUUAAAAAAUAAAAAUUUCUUUAUAAAUCCAUGUAGAAUAUAUAUAAGAAACUAUCCAGCCGUCUUAGAACAAAAUACAUUUAGACAACUUAUAACCAAAUAUUUUACACCUAUAAUUAUGAAGAAAUAUAAUAUGAAAAAAAAAGAAGCUUUUAAAAAAGCUUCUCAAAUAAUUAAAAAAAUUAAAAUAAUCAAAGAUAUAGAUACAAAUUCAAAGGAUGUAAAUAUUUCAAACGAACAAUCGUCCAAAUUAAAAAAUAAAAAUAUUCUACUUAAUACAAACAAUAACAACAAUAAUGUGGCUAGUAAAAAUGGUAAGAAUUAUAUAUGUUUUGUAGAUAUUAAUAAACAUGAAAACGCAAAGAAAAUGAUACAACUAUUACAAAAUAAUAAUAUAUAUGAUCUAAUCAACGAAAUUAUUUAUAAGAAAAAGUUUCAAACUAUUAAAAAAAACAAAAAUAUAAUUUAUGUAGAUUAUUGUAUUGAAGAUAUAAGAAUGAUACAUAUAAAAAAAAUUAAAGAAGAAAAAUUCUUAAAUCAUAUAAAACAACAAAAUCUAAACAAAAAUACAAACAACAAAAUUAUUGAUAAGAAAAAAAAAAAUAAAAAAAAAAAUAAAGUCAGUAGAGGUAAAAGACAGAGAGAAAAAAAAAGAUUAUUAAAAAUGAAAAAUGAAGGAACUAAUAUAUUAAAUGUAAUCAAUACCACUACAUUGACGCAACAAAUAAAUAAUCAAGAUAAUAAUAAGAAAAAUAACGUAACCUCUAACAAGGAUAAAGAUAAAUAUACAAAACUCAAGAAAUUAAACAAAACUAAUACGUCCAUAGAUGAAAAAAAAGAAAACAAAACAAAAAAAAAUGUAAUAAAUAAGAAAAAGGUCGACAAACCAAAGGAAGCUAAAUCAAAAAAAAAAAAAAAAAAAAAGGAUGAUGUGAAAUUAAUUAGGAAGGAUGUAUUAAAUUUUCUUAAUAAGAUCAAUAAAUAG